ACUAUGUUAAUUUGUUUUGAUAGGUGUUAUUGAGAGUAUUGCUGUUAGUUCAGAAGGGGCAUUAUUCUGUUCAGUUGGAGAUGACAAAGCGAUGAAAGUGUUUGAUGUAGUCAACUUUGAUAUGAUCAACAUGCUGAAACUUGGCUAUUCCCCUGGCCAGUGUGAAUGGGUAUAUUGCCCUGGAGAUGCCAUAUCUUCUGUUGCAACAUCUGAGAAGACCACAGGAAAAAUAUUCAUUUAUGAUGGACGAGGAAAUAACCAGCCACUCCAUGUUUUUGAUAAACUCCAUACAUCUUCUCUUACUCAGAUACGGUUGAAUCCUGUCUACAAAGUAGUUGUGUCCUCUGACAAAACUGGAAUGAUUGAGUAUUGGACUGGUACUCCUCAUGAAUAUAAAUUUCCCAAGAAUGUGAACUGGGAAUAUAAGACAGAUACUGAUCUGUAUGAAUUUGCUAAAUGCAAAGCUUACCCAUCCAGUAUAAGUUUUUCACCUGAUGGCAAGAAAAUGGCCACUCUUGGGUCCGACAGAAAAGUCAGAAUUUUCCGAUUUUUGACAGGGAAGCUGAUGAGGGUCUUUGAUGAAUCUCUGAGUAUGUUUACUGAACUUCAGCAGAUGAGACAGCAACUACCAGACAUGGAGUUUGGCCGGCGCAUGGCAGUUGAGCGUGAGUUGGAGAAAGUGGAUGCAGUAAGAUUAAUUAAUAUAAUCUUUGAUGAAACUGGACACUUCGUUCUCUAUGGAACAAUGUUGGGCAUUAAAGUCAUAAAUGUAGAAACUAACAGGUGCAUUCGUAUCUUGGGAAAACAAGAGAAUAUUAGGGUGAUGCAGCUAGCUUUAUUCCAAGGAGUUGCAAAGAAGCAUCGUGCUGCAAUAACCAUUGAAAUGAAGGCAUCUGAAAACCCUGUUCUCCAAAACAUCCAGGCAGAUCCAACAGUAAUCUGUACAGCUUUUAAGAAAAACAGGUUUUACAUGUUUACUAAACGUGAACCAGAAGAUACAAAGAGUGCAGAUUCAGACAGAGACGUCUUCAAUGAGAAACCUUCUAAAGAAGAGGUCAUGGCAGCCACACAGGCAGAAGGUCCCAAAAGAGUUUCAGACAGUGCUAUUAUCCACACAAGCAUGGGAGAUAUACAUGUUAAGCUUUUUCCUGUUGAGUGUCCCAAAACUGUGGAAAACUUCUGUGUACACAGCAGAAAUGGCUACUACAAUGGACACAUAUUUCACCGUAUCAUCAAGGGUUUCAUGAUUCAGACUGGUGACCCCACAGGUACAGGAAUGGGAGGUGAAAGUAUCUGGGGAGGAGAAUUUGAAGAUGAAUUUCAUUCAACUUUACGACACGACAGACCAUACACACUCAGCAUGGCUAAUGCAGGACCAAAUACUAAUGGAUCCCAGUUUUUUAUAACAGUAGUGCCAACCCCUUGGCUAGACAACAAACACAGCGUGUUUGGACGGGUGACUAAAGGAAUGGAAGUUGUUCAGAGAAUCUCUAAUGUUAAAGUCAAUCCCAAAACUGACAAACCCUAUGAGGAUAUCAGCAUCAUUAAUAUCACAGUGAAGUAAGUCAGGUGAUGAAGGCUCCAGCUUAAACAGAAGAAUGUCGUCGUUGUGGGACCCAGGGAAGAACCUAGAAGGAAUAAAAACUUUUUUGAUAAUUUCUGGAUGUAAGAAGUGCCAUGACAAAGCAGACACCAGUUCUACUGUUUUUCAUGUACCUAAACUGCCCCAAGCCUGUAUUUCUUGGUAUAUUUGUCUUUUUAAAGUAAAAACAUUGCCAUCUUUCUUA